AUGGUGCACCAUCAUCGUCGUCGCGGCCUUCCGGCGAGCCAUCAUUGCGUCCUAAGGAGGCGCGGCACGACACCCUCGCUACUUCAGGUUCUGCUGCUGAUACUCGGUCUCUGGUUACCGGUCCUGGACAACGGCGGCCUGGUUCUCGCUUGCGGGCCUGGCAGGGGCGGCGGACGACGACCGAUCUUGCGGAAACUCACGCCCCUGGUGUUCAAGCAGCAUGUGCCGAACGUCAGCGAGAACACGCUGCCGGCUAGCGGGCUCAGCGAGGGCCGCGUGUCCAGGCACGACUCGCGGUUCCGUGAUCUCGUGCCCAACUACAACACAGACAUCAUCUUCAAGGAUGAGGAAGGUACCGGAGCGGAUCGCCUUAUGACACAGAGGUGCAAGGAGAAGCUAAACACUCUCGCAAUCUCGGUAAUGAACCAAUGGCCGGGGGUGAAGCUGAGGGUGACAGAAGGCUGGGAUGAGGAAGGGAAGCACGCAACGGAUUCGUUGCAUUACGAGGGACGUGCCGUCGACGUGACAACGAGCGAUCGGGAUCGCUCUAAAUACGGAAUGUUGGCCAGGCUCGCUGUCGAAGCUGGUUUCGAUUGGGUUUAUUACGAGUCCAGGUCGCAUAUUCACUGCUCCGUUAAAUCUGAAUCCUCGUCGGCGGCGAAGUCCGGUGGUUGUUUCCCAGGUAGGAGUCUGGUACGAACCGAGGACGGGUCUGCGAUCAGGUUGGACCAGGUGCGUCUCGGCGAUCGUAUCGCCGCCCUCGAUUCCCGAGGCGACAUUGUCUACAGCGAGGUGAUCGCGUUUCUGGACCGUUCGUUGACGGAGAGGAGACAGUUCGUGCGAUUGACCACCGAGUCCGGCCGAGUGUUGACUCUGACGCCGGCCCAUUUGCUGCCUGUGGAGGGCAGAUCGUCGAUGUUUGCCGGCCGGGUACAGUCGGGUGACAGGAUUCUGGUGAGGGAUCCGACGGACGAGAACGAGGUGAAUCAUCGUCUGCGAUGGGACAAGGUCGUCGACAGCCGGCUGGUCCUCGAGGAGGGUAUCUACGCUCCCCUGACGAGGGAAGGAACCCUCCUCGUUGACGACGUGGUGGCAUCCUGUUACGCGUUCCUGGACAGCCAAUGGAUCGCCCAUAUGGGCUUCCUGCCGUACAGAAUGUGGACCAGUCUGGAGUCGUUCUUCGUCAGACGGUGGACGAUCGAGGACACAAGGCAACCAGACAUUAGGCAAGACGGACGAACGUUACAGGAGGGGAUUCAUUGGUACGCCUCGUUCCUCUACUGGGUGUCGUCCUACGUCACGCCAACGAAGAUGCUUUAUCAAUGAACGUGUGCCUCGUCGACGAGGGGAACAAGUCUAGUUUUAUAGAACGGGCCAACGUGAAACGCGGCCCGGGAAAUUGUUAGUCUCGUUUCGCGUGGAAGCCUCGAAACGACGAAGGGAUCAUUCGGGGAUCCUCGUGGUGAUGGGUGAAACG